AUGUCUUUCGCACCGAGAACUCCCUCUCCUACGCCGCAGCGCUCAUCAUGCGCUCACCGUCGACGCCAUUCUGUGAAGUCCCCAACGAUCGUCAAGCAAUACAUGCCAGGACUAGAGCUACCUCUCGCCGAUCGUCAAGCUCAGCUUUUGCAACAACCGUCGCCAUUCGAUUCGCCAACUUUCAACUCCCAGAGCACAUCAGCCAGGGAGCAUGAUCUCAGACAGUUUUGGAUACGGACAUCUAACUACGUUCCUCUUGAGCGCCCUCUUAAUCGUCUAUCUUCACUCGGCACCCCGUCUCCCUUGCCCUCGGAGUCUCUCCUAAACCCUAGCCCUGCUAGUUGCGGAGUAUCUAACGCGAGCAAGCCGUAUUCCUUCAACAAGAGCAAGCGGUUUCUCGCCGCGGAGCUAUACAGGCUCGUACUGGAUGAAAAUCCGGUUACUCAGCUCAACUAUCUCGAGGCUGGCAAAUACGGCCGUCCCAAGAAGCGAAACGCAGCUACAGAUACGGACAUGGAGAAUAGCGAUCACGACUUCCGUACCGGACGGCAAACUGAAGAUAUAAUGGAAGAUGCAUACCCAGUGAAGCGUACAAAGCUGUGCGGUUCGGAUAUGAACACCGAUAGCCCUGCCGACUCCCAACAGCUCCCUCAUCCGCGAGUACACCCGCUAUACGCUGCCCGCUACGGUAAAGACUCGGCCUGGCAUAUCCCCAGCACAGAGGGAUAA